AGGGGCUGCUGCAGGCUCCAGCACCGCCGCCGCCUUCUCCGGGCACCGGCAGCGCGGAGCGGGAGGGCUGGGGCGCGGCGGAGGAUCUCGGGCUUCUCUCCUUCUCCGUGCGUGUGUGUGUGCGUGUCCGUGUGUGCGUGUCCGUGUCCGUGUGUGUGUGUGCGUGUGUGUGCGGUGGUGUUGUUGCCCUGGAUCAGGCUUUUCCACGUCAUGAAAAUGAGCUUCAAGAAGGGGAACAAAUGAAGGGGGCGCGCUUGGCACCGGGUCGGGGGCGCGCAUUUGGGAAGCCCUGACUAUACAUUUUUUUUUUUUUUUCCCCUCCCCUGCCUUUUUUAAUUUUUUUUUUUUUUUUUUUUUUAAAGAGGGAAGGAGGGGGCUGGUUGGCGGAGAGGAAGGGAAGUGGGAAACGAGCGGAUGGGGGAGGAAAAAACCCAAGAAGAAGCAGAGAGGAAAAAGCCGCCGGGAUGGGUCACAAUUUGCACCCCCCCCCCUCCCUUUCUAAACAAAAACCCCAAAAAGACAAAAAAAAAAAAAAAAAAGCCCAACUCUAGAGGAAAUCAAAGAUGCUCUGACCGCAAGCUCCAGCCGAGCUGCCGGGGCUGCGGCGGGGAGCAGCCCGGUGGGCCCCGGAGAGGGACACCGCUGUCCCGGCCCGGCCACCCCGGCUCCCCCCCGCCGCGCACCCCUGCGCUGCCAGCGCCUCUUCCUCCUCCUCCUCCUCCUCCUCCUCCUCCCCGUCCUCCUCUCCCUCGGUUUCUCCUUCUUCCCUCCUGUCCCGGUGCCGUCGCCGCGGCUCCAGCCUCUCCGCCUUUUCCAGGAUCCAGCUGCCUCCCUCCCGCCAGGGAGGCAAAGCCAAAAAAAAAAAAAAAAAAAAAAAACCAAAAAAAAACCUCGGGGGAAAACACCCGGCACCUUUCGCAUCCUUCCAACCCCGGCGCGGCCGCUACCGCGGAAUGUGCGCGGAGGCGGAGGACCGCGCCCGCGGAGGGCAGCGCCGCCGGCCGGUAUCUGCCCGCCCCGGGAGCCGCAGGCAGUUCAUUUACCAAACAGACAGAGAAACAAAAUUACCAGGUGGAAUUUACCUACAGUCCUUCUUUGGAGGAGAAUAUUUCUGUUAAGAUCUAUGUCACAUUGUGCCAGCACUGUUUCAGGGACCACGACCUCCCUUGCUAUUACAUCAACGGUUCAGACUCAUUUCAAGGGGACCCGAACUCGAUGCAGAGGGCUGUCCUGUCCCCCUCGAGUCAAUGCGAAGGUUUCAUUGCCAGCUGGAGGAUCACAUUUGGACGGAGAAGAAAUUGGGGCACCAGGUUAGCGGCAGAGCUGCCUCCCAGCCCAGGAUGAGACAGGGGGCAAGUAGGUAUCUUCAAAGCAAACCUCUUUCUCUCCAUGAUUUUCACCUACCAUAGCAUCAUAGCAUCAUCAUUAUCAUCACAAAUAACAAAAACAACAACAACAACAAUAAUAAUAACAACAGUAACAACCUUUCACUAGUUCUUCCUAAGUCUUGAUCAUUAUUAUAUGCAUCUUUCCAAACUAUUUUUUUGCCCUUUGCUUUGCAUUUGAAGUUGCAGCAACUCCCAGUUGAGCUGAGGCAAUGCCACAGCAUAAUUUCUGCCAUACAUGCACAUACGCAGCAAGGCAAGGGUGAUACAGGACACAAACCUACAGGAGUAGGUGGACAAUAAAUAAUUGUUACUUCUUUAUAGCCACUCGUACCUUACAGAGGUCUCCAAUUUGUCCUCACUCUGAAUUAUUGGCCUUUGCUGAUGAACAUAAUCCUAUGAGUAGUUAUUCACAGACAUAGUUCUUUUAUACUAGGUGCAACAUGAAGGUUAGUUAGACAUAGGUCUGAUUGCCUUCCUGCUCCCGUCACUUGAGGCAUGCCCUUAUUUCUCCACGCAGAGCCAAGGCUUAGACGAGCCUUUAGCACGGUAGCGGAUUUCCCAGGUACACAGGUGACUGCUAAAUGGCCCUAAAGUUAGAGCGAGAGAAAGGGAGAGCCAAGUAAGUAGAGCAGCAAAUUCUCCAGGUUAAGAUGACAGACGGGUUAAGAUGACAGACAUUGUUCCCCCUCCUACUUAGCUAUAUUUAUUUUUUCACUGGAUUUUCUCCUCUUCUGGGUCUCACUGUACCCUGCAAUGUCACGGAAAUGUGUUAGGAAAGCUCUGCUACCCAGGGAAGGGCAUAGUCUUAAAACUUGUGCACAGGGAGGAAACCAGAUAGGAAUAUCUGGAGCUUACAGACAGCUGAAUACUAACUUAUAUGAAUUUGAAGGAGGGUUGGAAAGAGACUCUCGACUGUCUGACAGUUGUAUGUCACGCCGGGGAUAAAGACUACUUCCACUUCAAGUUUGUAGCACAGGUAUUCCCGGCAACAAAAGCAACAUCUCCCGACACAUUGGGGGUAGUAAUGGUUUCGAGUUGCUCACAUGCUCCCAGUGAAGUCUAUUGGUGGUUAUUUCAGUCCAACACAACUUCAUAACCUCAUCUUACAUUAUCACAUUUUGUAGAAACACCAAGACACCACAUUGCAACAAAUUUGCCUUGCAACUGACAGUGUCAAAAUGAUCGGUACCUAGGAAGGGAGGCGUUAGAUGUGUGUAUUUCCAUCCUGUCUUCAGCAGAUUAUAGCACGUUUUAAAGUUACUGCGAUACUUACAGGAUUAGAAAAGAGAAAGGAACAUUUCCAGCCCCCCCCAGCCCCUCUUGUGUAACCCUGAGGACCGAACUAGAGCACUGGCCACUUCUUGUUUAAGGCUUGUUUCAGUCUAAGGCUCCUGGAAGUCCAUGUGCUAAAAUACACGUUUGUUCUUACUUUCUUCCAUGAAGGUAACCUCGCUCUGACAGAAAGCAGUCCCUCAAAGAAUCUUUGGCUAAUUUUAGAAACGCAGGGCUAACUUGCCCCAUUUAUUGCGGGUGUAAGGAGAGAAAGAGCCUUUCUGCACUAAGCCCUUUUUUCUCUGUUUGUACCAGUGCGAGUGAGGAAAGAGCCUGACUUUAACAGAACAGAUAAAAAUAAAACCGGCGAUGGACAAAGCCAAUUAUGUUCCCCAUUGCCUAGGGAUGGGCAACCUAAUUUGCAGCUGACAGUGAUUUGAUGGACCGAACCAUCCUUUUUCUGAUCCAGCAUUUGGAGUAAUUUUUAUUGUAAACCAAUCAUUACAAUGUAGGACUCUCAGUACCAUCAGUGUCACCAUGACAAAUUCCCACAUCAGUGUUAGUGUUGCUGCUAGGGUUUUUCCUCCCAUCCUUCACUGCCUGACAUGUUCUGGGAGGUGCUGGACGUGGCACACCAUGGCCCUGUCCUCAGCGCGAGCCCUGGGCAGAACAGCUAAUGGGUCGUGUGAGAGGGACGGUG